CGAUGGAUUAUCAAAUACAAAUUAAGGAACACUUGAAAAGGCUCCAUUUGUAGUUGAAGUCUGCUGUGACUCUCUAAUCUAAAAUUCAAUGGCUGAAUUAUUUGAUUUAACAAACAUCUGAUUUUUUAGAUCUGUAUUCCUUAUUAUUAAUUUGAGGUUUGCAUAAUCUAAUUCAAUGAAAAUAAUAACGCAGUACUUAAAAGACGCCUUGAAAUCUAUCUAAUUGAAUGAAGAUUUGAUAGAUAAAAUUUUCACUUUAAUAUUGAGGAUGAAUUUAAGCGAAGAAAUACUUAGGGAAUCUGAAAUUGCUAAACCUUUAUUAAAAAUCAAAGAUAAAAAACUUUUUGAUAACAUAAGAUCUCAUAUGAUUGAACAAAUAUAAUAGUAAUGGUCUAGAUGCUAUAUUAAAUUCAAGCCAUUGCUUGAAGAAUGGAAAAGAAACAAUAAUUAGAAGGAUAAAUAAGAAGAUCGUAAAAAGAAAGGAAAAAGAAAUUAAUCAUCAAGUUCAAGCGAAUCAUCUAAUAAAAAAAAGAAGAGCAAGAAGAAGUUUGUUAGGUAAUAUUAUUGAGUGCAUAAUUGAAUAGAUUUCAAAGAGACGAACUUCUACUUAAUUUUAAAUAUUUUAAGCGAGAUGACGAACCUAAUCAAAGAGGAAUGACCAUGGAAGAAGUUGCAUAAUUUCAGAAACAAUAUGCUGGUGAAUUAAGGAGAUUUAAUUAAAUAAAUGGAGCAUAUAAUAUCAAGCAUCGAGAAUCAUUAAUGGAAGGAUAAGAACAUAAAUUACAACAAGAUAACAUUCAAUAGAUGUUAGAAUAAAUACCAUUUAUCAAACCUGCAAGUUAUAUAUACCUCCUAAUCUUUAGAAUUGUUUUUAUAAUAAUAAAUAAACUAUGACACCAACUACAUUGAGACGGCAAUCUAAUAGAAAAGAACAGAAUCUAAAAUGUCUGCAUUCUACAAUAGAGAUGUAUAUAGAUAUUAAUUACCUUUAGAGUAUUCCAGAUCAACCAGGAUAUAACGAGAUUUCUAAUACUCAAUCGGGCGUGCAACCAAAAACAAUCCAUUUAGAUCCACCGAAAAGAGAGGAUCUCAUAUAUAUGGUCUCGGUUAUUUGUAACAGAGGGCUUAAAGAAAUAGAAGAAAAGAACAAAAAUGCCAAUAAGAAACAAGUUAAAGGAAUUCUUAAAAAGCCUCCUGAUGAAUAAAUGAAACAAAAGGAUGUACUCAAUCAAGCUAAGCAAGAUUUACAACCCAAAAUGCAAUAAUUGGUUUAAAUGGUUGAGUAGAAACAUUAACAUAGCCAAGAAAGCAUUCGUAUUUAUAUUUCAUUAUUUAAGUAACUUUAUUACAUGAUAUUAUAUAAAAAUUAAAGGAUAUUGGUGAGGAAAAAUAUAUUAAAAAUUUUAAAUCUAUCCUUGAAGUGAAAUUGAAUGACAAAUAAACAAUAAUGAGUGAAGUUGACCGUGUAAAAGCUUAGCAAGAUUAACAGAGACUUAGACUUGAGUAGCUAUAGACUAUCAAUCCUGUUUAAGCUCUUCGAUUAAGAGCUUACAAAACCAAGCAUUGUCACAAUUUUCAUUCUUCCUUAGGUUGUACAAGAGGAGAUAAUUGCAACUUCAUUCAUGACUCUCGUUAUCCUGGGAGAACAGCCCCAACUCUUUAAUAUCCAAAUUUUCUAAAUAAAACUUUAUAUCCUUAAUCCAAUAUGGCUAUAAUAGUUCCGCCUUUGCUUCAAUAACUUAAUCCUGAAAUUCUGCUUGGUCGACAGAAAAAAUAUGAAAGUCUAUGA